CUCGUAGAAAGGUACAUCAAACUUGUUCAGUGGGAAGGACACGAAGAAUCUUGCAACGUAUAAUGGAAACCAUUCUAAGGGAUAGUGAGCGCAGCAGUGUGCAAAGCAAUCCAACUGAUUGGAGCGCAAAGCUGUUCAACCCGAAAACCCAUAUUCGCCUGCUCCAAUCCUCCCAGGUCGACAGACAGAGGAACUGCGUUGUACCUGCAGCACUAUCAGACUUGAUGACAGGCCGAGGUACAAUGCCCUUUCCUAUGUCUGGGGAAACCGCGAGGCAAAGGCUCAAGUAACUGUGAACGGCGUUCAAGUUACGAUCAACAAGAGUCUGGGAGGAGCUUUGAAGCGUAUCCGCCAUGAACGGGAACCGGUCGUUAUAUUGGGCAGAUGCUCUUUGCAUCAACCAGGAUGAUGAAGAUGAGAAAAAGUACCAAAUCGAUCUCAUGCAUCGCAUCUAUGGCGAGUGCGAGAACUGUCUGAUCUGGACGGGAGAUAUAGUAGUGAAGGGAGAUGGCAGCGUCGCAGCAGAACUGGCUGCAAGAGCGGCCUUGAAUGCUGUGCGCAUUAUUGCAGGGCAGCCACACGAUGAAGAACUCGGUUGGCUAGGCCAAUAUUCAGUUGCUACAAGCUUUGUUGGAAAUGGUCUCACCGCCGGGGCAGCCUUACAGUCGAUGAUGGACUGCGAAUGGUGGCAGCGUAUCUGGACAGUCCAGGAGGUCUGUCUGCCCCCGAAAGCCACGGUUCUCUGGGGACCACUCGAGAUCAGCUUCCAAACAAUCAUGAACGCAGCGAGCUACAUGGUGCAACCAGAUGAGCACCCGCAACGCAAUAACAUUUUCGAUCUUUUCCAAGAGGGCACUGCCACUUACCCAAGGCUUCAUACAAGUCCGUACACCAUACCCGUCCUCAGCAUCGCUCACGCCAGACUCUGGAAUCAAUCCGGGACCGAAUCCCUGUAUAGACUGUGGCGGUUUCGAGACAGGAGGUCCACAUAUCCGAAAGACAAGCUGUUUGGCAUCUGGGCGCUUCUCAACAAGACAUGCUUGCCUGAUAUCAAGCCAAAGGAUUACGUCCUCGAUAUUGUGGUCUUAUUCUCCAGACUCAUGGUCAGUUUACUGAAAUCUCUUGACAGCCUUAAGCCUCUUAUCGGCUGGAGAGGAGAAAGAGAGGCGGCCGGUCUGCCUGCUUGGGUCCUGGACUUGGCUCAGCCAGAGGACUCUAAGUGCACCAGCGACUUCUGGACACCCGAUAUUGCUUGGAGCCAAUUUCAUGCCAGCAGUGGUCUACCACGUUUCGAGCCACCAGUCAACCAAGCAGAUGAUCUCAUAUUGCUCACUCUAAGUGGCAUUCGCGUUGACAAGGUGGCUACAGUCUUGAUGGACUUGAGGCACAUGCGAAAGUCCCUUUGGAGACAAGGAUUUGAAGACGCUCUCGCAAACCAUGCCUGUAAAGAGGAUAUCAUAUACUAAUAUAACAACCUCAUCCAGGGUAAAUUCGGUGAGAACCAUGAGCGCGUCA